ACGAAUUACGUCCUGCAGAACGGGUUCCGGUCAAACUCCAGAGUGGGCACUCCCAAGGUUCUUGUUCUUUUGGUGAGCGACAAUUUCACCGCCAGCGGACACAGAAUGGUGGCCCAAAAAGCUGCCCAGAACGGAGUUGCGAUGUUCGGCAUCGGGGUUGGAGGAGGCCCGUUGCGGGGACAGCUGGAGAGAUUGGUAGGAACGACCACAGCCGUCAGCGUCGCUACGAACUUCAAGAGACUGAAACAAGUAGAAAAGGGCGUCUUUAACAGUCUCUGUAAUGUUGGCCGCUUCCUGUUCGGCCAGAUUGUCAUCAGAAGCCGGUUCAACGAGACUUUGCGAGACCCAGCUUCCCAGGAGUUUCUCAACCUGACUGCACAGUUUAAGGAAGGGAUGUCUAGCAUGUUUGUCGGAGGCAACUGCCUGCAGCGGAUCGUAGUGACAGAAUUUCGUGGAGUUGGCAAUGCUCUGGAGACCCAGGUGACUUUUCAAGUCAUAUUCGACAACACGCUACUCUGCCAGGACAACAUAAUAAACACCUUCAACUCAACUGUGUCCCGGGGACGGAUUGGAACACUGGCAGUUGACUCGGUGUCGGCUGAACUGGGUGAAGGAGGAGGAGUGUCAGCCUAUGCCACUGUGACCAUUACAAGUCAGUGCUUCAGGCCAGCUUUACUAGACGUUUCAUCAAUAGAGUACAGUCAGUUCAAAAUCCAACUUGAGGUGCAGCUUCUCAGCGUGUUUUCAAAUGUGGAAGGCAUUCGGUCCGUCCAGAUUCAAGAAAUGUCACCUGGACCUUCUGGCUGUUCGAUCAGUGUUGUCAUUCGGUUGCUGUUGAGAGCAAGAGAUUUCCAGAUGACACAACAAGUCUUCAUACAGGCUGUGUCUGGCGGAAGCCUGGGGGUUUUCACGAUUGACCAGAGUACAGUCUUUUUCGGCCGCACCGAGCCAGUGUGCAGGGCGCCACUUGACAUCGUCUUCGUCUUGGACGGCUCUGACAAUGUCGGCCGGGAAAACUUUGACCGUGUCAAGGCUUGGGUCAAGGCUGUCAUCAGCGGCUUCUCCAUCGGCGUCAACACAACCCAGGUGGGUUUGCUGCAGUACAGCUCUCAACCGCGUGUGGAGCUGUCCGUUGGAGCUGUCAGCAACAUGUCGGAUCUUCUCCAGGCCGUCGACGGCGUGACGUACAUGGCUGGUGGGAACAAUAUCGGCCAGGCGCUGCAAAUAGUCAGUACUAGCGCCCUCCUACUUGGCAAUGGCACGCGCUCGAACGCCCGGAAGGUUGUUAUGCUGGUCUCCGGUGGAAGCUCGAGUGAUGAUGUCAUAACGCCUGCCCAACAGCUGCAGCAGACAGGUGCUGUCGUUUAUGCUGCAGGUGUCGUCAAGUAUGACGUCACCGAGCUCGAAAACAUAGCCAGCUCGGCACGAACGGCGGCAACUGUCGGCAGCUUCGCCGCCUUGGACGAUCUCAGGACAUCGCUGCUGUCGUCCGUCUGCACAGUACCCGCUCCUCUGGUGGCCUACGUGUCCGUAGAUGUACAAUUCACCGAAGACCUCCGAAAUCCGAGUUCAGCGGCAUAUUCCAUCCUAGUGACACAGAUCAGAACACAGCUUUUGCUCCUGUUUAGAGACAUCGUGGGACUUCAGGGCAUUGCUGUCACCAAUUUUCACCCACAUGCCGGAAACACCACACGGGUGUAUCUGAGUCUGAUUGUCGCCCCUUACAUCUCUGUGGCCGUGGAACAUCGCUUCGAAACUGCAGUAAACACUGGAAGAAUUGGCAGCUUGGUCGUCAUUCCGGGCUCACUCUACAUAUUUAGGGAAGGAACAACAGCUGCACCUCCAAUAGAGCCCCUACAAUGUCGGAAUGACGUUGACCUGGUGUUUUUAUUGGAUUCGUCAAACGCUGUCGGUCAGAGCGGGUUGACUUGGAUAAAAAAGUUCAUGACUUCAGUCAUGGAGUCACUGAUAAUCGGACCGGACCACUUUCAGAUAGGGGUAUUCCAGUUCAGCGAAAAUGCUCGUCAGGUGAUAGCCCUAGGAGCGUACAAGAAUAGCACGGAUAUCAUACAGCUGGUUAACGAGACGACAUUAAUCGGCGGACAGGCCAAUCUAGAACUGAGUCUGAUCUACGUUCUUAGAAACGGAUUCAGGUUUAGCUCUAGACAAGGAAAAGUAAAGGUUGUCGUUGUGUUGACCAGUGCCCAGCACAGCGUUGAUUCUGCGGAACUUCUAGCUCAGCAGGCCAACCAAUAUGGUGUGGUGACCUUCGUGAUCGGAGUGGGCGCAGCGCCUCUGCAGAGGCAACUGGAAAGAAUCACGGGCUCCAGUAGCGCAGUGACCGUUGUUAAUGGUUUUUCCAACCUACCUGAGAUGGAUAGGGCUAUCGUGAACAGCCUUUGCAAUGUUGGUCAACUCCUAUACGGCAAAUUUGUCAUCAGGACACCGUUUAAUGAAGCACUGAGGAACACCAGUUCUCAUUACUUCCAAACUCUAGCUGCACAGGUCCACGAUGGGAUUGCUGGAAUAUUGAAUCGUGACUGCGUUCAACGAAUAGUCGUAACGGAGUUUCGCGGAUCUGGAAAUGAUCUUUACACCGAAGUGUCAUUCCAAAUCCUUGGGGAGAACACAACACUCUGUCUAGAGACCUUGGUAGGAAAUUUCACAUUCACAGUGUCUACAGGACGAAUCGGGGCAUUAGUGGUCGACACAAGUUCAGGGACACUUGGUUCUGAAGAGGAAGUCACAGCGUAUGCGUCAAUUACCAUCACCAGUCAGUGCUUCACAGCUGCCCUCCUGGAUCCCACUUCACCCGAACAUCAGGGGCUCAGAAUUCAGCUGGAAGUAGCGGCAAGCACCAUCUUUUCGAAUGUAUCGGGAAUCCAGUCUGUCCAGAUUCAAGAAAUAUCAAAUGGGCUUAGCGCAUGCUCGAUCGACGUCCGACUUCGCCUGCUGCUAAGAACCGGUCAGUUUGAAAGAUCACAGCAGAUCUUUCUUCGAGCUGUUCAAGAACAAAGAUUUGGAGCAUUCACCUUGGAUUCAAGUACAGUCUUCUUUGGCAUCACAGAACCAGUAUGCAGAGCCCCUCUAGACAUAAUCUUUGUCUUGGACGGGUCUGACAACGUGGGUCCAACCAAUUUUGAACGCGUCAAGGCGUGGGUCAAAGCGGUCGUCGGCGACUUCGCGGUAGGCAGCAACAACACUCAGGUAGGACUGCUACAGUACGGUACCCGUCCGCGGUUGGAAUUUUCUCUGGAUGUCUUUACUAGCCAGCAGGAAGUUCGUGAUGGUAUUGACGGUGUGGCGUACCUAGGAGGAGAAACAAACACAGGGGAGGCGCUGCGAACACUCAUAUCGGCCGGGUUUGCGGACAAUAAUGGAGUUCGAACAACAGCAGCCAAAGUGGCCAUUGUGGUCACAGCAGGGAGGUCAAGCGAUGACGUUGCUCAGGCCGCACGAGAUGUCCAAAGGAGUGGUGUACUAGUUUACGCCAUCGGUGUUGGAGGGUACGACUUGAGCGAAUUACAAGAGAUUGCUAGCUCAAGUCGCAGUGUGGCAACUAUGGACAACUUCCUAGGGUUGAACGACCUGAGGACAUCAUUGUUAGCGUCUUCAUGCACAGUCCCCGAAACAUUGGUGAUCUAUUUCACAAUAAAUGUGAAAUUCAGCCAGCAAUUGCGAAAUCCAAGAUCUUCUGCCUUUGUGACGUUAGUCGCACAAAUAAACACAGAGCUCCGCCUGCUGUUCAGAGAUAUUGCUGGAUUUCAUGGCGCUGUGGUUUCCGGCUUCCGUGCCGGAGCCAACAGUAAGGUGCAAGUGUAUGUCAAAGUGUCCGUGGCCUCCUACAUCAGUGUGACACUUCAGCUGCGACUGACGGCUACUGUGAACACGGGCAAUAUUGGUAGCUUAUCCGUUAUUUCCGGAUCAACGGGAGUCCUGCUGGAGGACAUACCGGUAACAGUAGCCAGUCUGGUAGUCCAGGAACUUUGCAGUGGAGACCUUUUCGAUCCACAGUCUUCCGCAUAUACGGCCUUUGUCUUCCGCGUACUGUCAGUGAUGCUGUCCGUUCUUGGGCAUAUCCCGGGGUUACUGUCCGUUCAAAUAACCAACGUUGGUUGCUCGGGAUUGUACAUCAGAAUCACGGCCAGUACAGUUCUAGUUUCAUCAGCCUCAAACGCCUUUGUAGCCAACUUGUCGGCGGCUGUGGAAUCAGGCAGAGUGGGUAACCUGACUGUUGACCCUUCUUCACUUCUCUUCGGUCAAGCAGCACUACUCUGUGGUAGUUCACUGGAUAUCAUUUUUCUUGUCGACGGUUCCGGAAGCGUGGGACCGACCAACUUUGAGAAAGUCAAACUGUUCAUCAACAAGGCCGUGUUAGGAUUUGCUAUUGGUCCCACUGCAACACAAGUUGGGGUUAUACAAUACAGCACCAGAAUCAGGCAAGAAUUCUCCAUGAAUUCUUUCCAAACAGUGAGGGGUUUAUUGGGAGCAAUCGACGCCAUAGAAUACAUGCAAGGCGGCACACAAACGGGAAAGGCUAUCCGUUACGCCAGCAAGUAUGGCUUCUCAUUUUUUGAUGGGGCUCGUCAAGGAGUUCCUAAGGUGCUGGUUGUUGUGACGGAUGGAAUUUCGGCAGACGAAGUAGCUGAUCCAGCUUUGGAAGCCCAGCAAGAGGGCAUUGUUGUGUACGCCAUUGGUAUUUCCAACUACGAUGUCAAUCAGCUGCAACAAAUUUCCAGUACGAACGAGACCUCAGCUAUCGUGGCCAACUUCAACCUUUUGGAUAGCGUGAGAAACACAUUGUUGACAAGCGUGUGCGACGUUCCCACGCCUGUGUUUAUAAGCCUGACACUGACCAUCCAGUUCUCUCCAACGCUGAGGAACCAGUCCUCUAUUGAGUUCGGCAGUAUUUCUACAGUCCUCUCAACUGAGAUAUAUCGGAUAUUUUCCAUUAUUCCGGGAUUUCAAAGUUUGACCAUUGUGGGACUGCAGCCGACAUUCAUCAGUCAAGUCAAGGUGACCAUGACCUUAUUUGUGGCGCAGUUCUCAACAACAAGCAUGAAAGAAGCAUUCAUCAGUGCUGUGCAAACUGGCAGUUUGGGGUCGAUAUCAGUGAAUGCGUCUUCUGCAGUCGUCAUUGAAGAAGAAACCACACAAGUGUUAGUUAGCUUCGUCAACACGGAACAAUGCGACGCUAAUCUUCUGAACCCAGACUCAACAACGUACAAGGCAUUCAUCAUUCGAGUCGAGAAUUCGGUGCUUCCAAUUGUUGGAGAUAUCCCGGGGUUGUUGUCUGUGAAAGUGACCAGCGUUAGCUGUUUUGGUCUGUACAUCAGAGUGACUAUUAGUAUAGGAGUCGUGUCCGCGUCCUCUAGUACACUCGUGAUGACAAUCUCUACAGCUGUAUUAUCAGGAAAUGUGGGAGGCUUGACUGUUGAUCCAAAUUCAUUCACUUCGGGUGAUGAAGCUUUAUUGUGUCAAGCUCCUCUGGACAUUAUUCUUUUGCUGGACGGGUCAGGAAGUGUAGGGGCCAACAACUUUGAAAAGGUCAAACAAUUUACGAAAAAGAUUGUCGAGACCUUUGCUAUUGGCCCCUCAUCAACACAGGUAGGAGUUAUCCAAUACAGCACGCGAGUAAGACAAGAAUUCUCUAUGAACAGCUUCCAAACGAAAGAAAGUUUGUCCAGUGCAAUCGACGAUAUUACAUACAUGCGAGGCGGUACCCUGACGGGAAGAGCCAUCAGGUACGUGAGGAGGUAUGGCUUUGCAAGAUCAGAUGGAGCUCGUCCCGGAGUAGCGAAAGUGCUCAUUGUCGUCACAGAUGGCCUUUCGUAUGACGCAGUGGCAACACCUGCCUACAAAGCAAGACAGAACGGAAUCCUUGUCUACGCUAUUGGCGUGUCGGGUUACGACCUGCCGCAGUUGGAGCAAAUCGCCAGCAACAACAGGACAUUGGCUGUGGUGGACAACUUCAACCUACUGGAUAGUCUGAGGAACACGCUUUUGACAGGCGUUUGUGAUGUUGUGCCACCAGUAUUUGUGAGUGUGACAUUGAAUAUCCAGUUCUCCAUACAACUGAGAACCCCCGGAUCGAGUGAAUUCUCCAGUAUCACCAAUGAUCUCAGGACAGAGGUAUACCAACUGUUUAUAUCGAUAGUGGGAUUUCAAGGUAUAUCCAUCGUCGGUUACCAAGCAGCCCCUAGCAAUCAAGUCAAAGCAACAGUAGCUGUCUUUGUUUCCGAGUUUGCUGCCGCCGCCAUGAAGCAAACCUUUAUCACCGCCGUAAGUACAGGCAACCUGGGAUCUACAUCAGUGAAUGCAAGCUCCGCCAUCGUCAUCGAAGAAGAAACAAAUUCAGCCGUAGUAAGUCUGGUUGUCCAGAACAAUUGCAGUGCAGAUCUGCUUGACUCUGAAUCAACAGUGUACAUAAGUCUGGUCGCCCAAGUCGAAUUUGCGGUGCUGUCUAUUCUUGGAAAUAUCCCAGGAGUUUUGUCCGUCGAAGUGACCAGUGCUAGUUGCUCUGGGCUUUACAUUCAAGUAACUAUCACUGUAGUGGUCGUAUCCACGUCCUCCAGUACACUUGUGACGACAAUCUCUACAGCUGUAUCUUCGGGAGAUGUUGCAGGCUUGAGUGUCGAUCCAACUUCAUUCGUGUCUGGCGAAGAAGCAUUGUACUGCCGAACUCCUUUAGACAUCAUUCUCCUGCUAGAUGGUUCAGGAAGUGUAGGGGCCAACAACUUUGAAAAGGUCAAACAAUUUUCGAAAAAGAUUGUCGAGACCUUUGUCAUCGGCCCCUCAUCAACACAGGUAGGAGUUAUCCAAUACAGCACGCGAGUAAGACAAGAAUUCUCUAUGAACAGCUUCCAAACGAAAGAAAGUUUGUCCAGUGCAAUCGACGAUAUUACAUACAUGCGAGGCGGUACCCUGACGGGAAGAGCCAUCAGGUACGUGAGGAGGUAUGGCUUUGCAAGAUCAGAUGGAGCUCGUCCCGGAGUAGCGAAAGUGCUCAUUGUCGUCACAGAUGGCCUUUCGUAUGACGCAGUGGCAACACCUGCCUACAAAGCAAGACAGAACGGAAUCCUUGUCUACGCUAUUGGCGUGUCGGGUUACGACCUGCCACAGUUGGAGCAAAUCGCCAGCAACAACAGGACAUUGGCUGUGGUGGACAACUUCAACCUACUGGAUAGUCUGAGGAACACGCUUUUGACAGGGAUUUGCGAUGCUGUGCCGCCCUUGUUUGUGUGUGUGACUUUGGACAUCCAGUUUUCCACACAACUGAGAAACCCCGAAUCAGCCGAUUUCUCCAAUAUUACCAGUGUUCUCCAGACAGAGCUUUCCCAACUGUUUGAGUCUAUCGCGGGAUUCCAAAGUACAUCAAUUGUCAGUUACCAACCGGCCCCUGGAAAUAAAGUCAAAGCAUCGAUUGCUGUCUAUGUUGCCGUGUUUUCGGCUACCACCAUGAAGCAAACCUUUACCACGGCUGUAAGCACUGGCAACCUGGGAUCUAUAUCAGUGAAUGCAAGCUCUGCCAUCGUCAUUGAACAGGAAACCACUUCAACCGUCGUAAGUCUUGUUGUUGAGACCAAUUGCAGUGCAGAUCUGCUCAAUCCUGAGUCAGCAACGUACAUCUCCCUGGUCGCUCGAAUUGAGUCUGCGGUAUUGUCGAUUCUUGAAAGUAUUCCAGGUGUUGUGUCAAUUGAAGUGACCAGCGUCAGAUGCUCUGGACUUUACAUCAGAGUCACCAUCACUGUAGUGGUCGUGUCGUCGUCGUCCAGUACACUUGUGACAACAAUUUCUACAGCUGUAUCAUCAGGAAAUGUGGGAGGCUUGACUGUUGAUCCAACUUCAUUCUCGUCUGGUGAUGAUGCUCUGUCGUGUCGAACUCCCCUAGACGUCAUUUUGUUACUAGAUGGUUCAGGAAGUGUAGGGGCCAACAACUUUGAAAAGGUCAAAGAAUUUUCGAAAAAGAUUGCCGAGACCUUUGUCAUCGGCCCCUCAUCAACACAGGUAGGAGUUAUCCAAUACAGCACGCGAGUAAGACAAGAAUUCUCUAUGAACAGCUUCCAAACGAAAGAAAGUUUGUCCAGCGCAAUCGACGAUAUUACAUACAUGCGAGGCGGUACCCUGACGGAUGCCAUCAGGUACGUGAGGAGGUAUGGCUUUGCAAGAUCAGAUGGAGCUCGUCCCGGAGUAGCGAAAGUGCUCAUUGUCGUCACAGAUGGCCUUUCGUAUGACGCAGUGGCAACNCCUGCCUACAAGUUUAAUGCAUAA